GGAAGGAGUGCAUGUGGACUACAUACACAUGAGUAGAGACACGAAGAGGCGAGCUGUGUGUGGACUGUAUCGUGAGCCUGGAGUCUUGCACUGAACCAGACAGAGUUAUGUACUGUGCUCAUCCUGUGUCCGGCACAGGCAACAACUCACUGAUGUAUUGCUACAACAUGAAACCGGUUUAUGGGCAGUCUCCCACUAAUGACGACAUCAACCAGAACUCAUCCCCACAUCCAUCCAUCAAGGCCCCCAGCAAUGUCUUUGCAAGCACCUUCUUCGAGGGGACGAGCAAUUCUCCCGACAUCUGGAAUGCUGUAAACGGGCUGAACCAGCAGGGCUAUGAAGGUGCGUUGGGAGCAGCCACAGCCCACCAAACACAGCCGGGGAGCUACAGCAACCUGCCGCCGCCGCACAGUCACCUGGACUACUCCCCGCACUCAGCGAUGGCUGCUGAUAUGAAUAGGGGCCUGCCUCCAAUGUCCAGUUUUCACCGAAACAACACAGCACCACGCACUCCGUCGAUCAACACCUCAGAGAAUUCAACAGUCUCAGGGAGCCAGAGAAAUGUGUCAGGAUCACAGACAGGCGAUACCUUGGGCAAAGCUCUGGCCUCUAUUUACUCCCCCGAUCACACCAGCAGCAGCUUCCCCUCCAGUUCGUCCACACCGGUGAGGUCUCCGUCCCCGCUGCCAAACACAACUGAACCUGCAGGCACCAACAUGUGGCCCCGGAGUUCAGCUCAGGCACCAGUCUCACCACACUACGAGUCUUCUCUUAUAUCACUGUCUCAGGUGGAGGACCGACUGGACAGACUGGACGACGUGAUCCACGUCCUGAGGAACCACGCCGUGGGCCCCACAGCCGGUCUGCCAACCGACAUCCACGGCCUGCUGAACCAGAACCACCAUGGCCACCCGGGAUCCGCCAGCACUCUGCCGCUCACCUGCCACACUCCAGCCAUGGAAACUGAGCACAAUGGGAAAGCCCGUCGCCCUUGUAUGGAGAGCGUACAGUAUGUGCCGACUCUAAUUCCACAGUGGGGUGAUGGGGGACGCCUGCAUCGCGCACUCCCAUCCCCGGCAUGUUUCCCUUCCAGCAGACCAGGGGAUUUUGGCCCAGCUGGAGUGGAAGUUGAGGCUAUCAAUAUGAACAACAACCACUCAGCCUUCCAGAGCCGCACACAAAAUGGCCACCCGUACCCGGCCAGACAGAGGGCCACGCUGCAGCCCAUGCAGGCUGGAGGCAGAGCAGGUCUCGGAGUUCAGGGUAAUCUGGAUCUGAAGAUGGAGAGCGGGGACAGGGAAGAGAUGAUUCACACCAAUCACAGUCACAGCUCUGACAGCCAGAGAUCGGAUGAGGAGAGUGAAUUCAAAACACACGGAGAGAACAGCGGAGAGAACAGUAUCCACGAGGAUGAAGAUCUGAGCCCGGAGCAGAAGGCCGAACGUGAGCGCGAGAGGAGGAUGGCCAACAACGCUCGCGAACGCCUUCGUGUGCGGGACAUCAACGAGGCUUUCAAGGAGCUGGGUCACAUGUGUCAGCUGCACCUGAAGAGUGAGAAGCCCCAGACCAAGCUGCUGGUGCUGCACCAGGCGGUGGCAGUGAUCCUCAGCCUGGAACAACAAGUCAGAGAGAGGAACCUGAACCCGAAGGCGGCAUGUCUGCGGAGGAGAGAGGAAGAGAAGGCGUCUGCAGUCAUGACGGAUCCGCAGUCCAUGCACCUCGCUUUCCAUCCCAGUCUGACAGACCCAGCAAACCCCAUGGGCCACAUCUGAGCAUCUGAUAGGGACUUCAUCAGACGCAGAAUCAGAUGUUGAUUGAAGAACAUCCCAGGAGCAUCCAGCUGUUUUUGGACGUCCAGCGUUUUCUUCUGAAUUCGGACCAGACCCGCGGAGAGGCCGACCUCUCUGUCUGUAAAGUGUGAUGCAGUCGAACAAUCAUCUCCUCGCUUCCCGAAACAGACUUCUAACUUUGUGCCUAAACUUACUUGUAACAGACAAAUGCAUUGUAAGCUGCAGAUGUUUUGUACAUAUUUUGUAUAUUUAUUGAUUAUCCGUCUGUUUGAAUAUAUUUGAACAGUAGUGACAGGGUCUCAUCUGCAGAACCAGAUAUGUUUCCGACUGACUUUUACAGUGUAUCACUAUUUAAACAAGUACACUCGUGACUUCCACCGAGCUCAGAGGACUGACAUUCCCACAUUUGUGUGUUCAGAUUUAAUUUGUCCUGUAGUGUGUGUGUGUGUGUGUGUGUGUGUGUGUGUGUGUGUGUGUGUGUGUGUGUGUGCUUGAGCCGCUGCGUGAGAGUGUGUGUUGCAGGAGUUUGACCAUUCUGUGAAUGAACAGAUCUCCGAGAAUGUUCUUUAACAUCAUCUGCUGUUUGUAUAUUUGUUACAGAUUUGUGUUAUAGCACUGUUACUGCACUGGCGGACAGGAUCCCUCUUUCUUCUUCUCAGUGUUGCUCUUCAGAUGUAGUCGAAGCUCUUUGCAUGUCUGAGUUUUUAAAUGGAAGAUUUCAGCUUUUUAUGUAACUUAUCUUUUAUACAAAUAUUGUGAAUUUCAUAAUGUCUCUAUUUACUUUUAUCACUCUGAUUUUACACAAGAAAAGCCCUUUUUGUGCAGUUUGUCUAGACGUAGCCACAUUUCAUGCUCUGAGCAAUCCAGUAUUACAGAAUAAUUGAUGUCUUUGUUUGCAUAUCACACCACUGAACAAAUAAUAAAUAAUAAUCAGAAAUACUCCUAUCAUAACAUGUACAGUAUGUGUACAGUUUGAAGUAGCCUACAGGCAUGUGUCAAAAUGAUAAUGUAGCAAUAAAUG